AUGCUUUCAUUCCAAGGAUUACCGCUUGGUCCCGAGAAGGGGUUUGGGUUAGAAGCUAAGAAUCACCCAUCAGGGGAAAGAAAAGAUGUUAUGGUUACGAGCUGGCACGUCAAGGCUCGUUAUAUCCUUCUGGUUAAGCUUACUUAAAUGUCAAUACGAUACAAAACAAAACAAUAACACGGCUAUUGUUCUUAUGAUAGCACAAGUAGUGGCGAGGAGGGAGAGAAAUAUCUUACCUGAUCCAUCCCGCAACGUGGUACAGCAGCGUCUAUUCAGUUUCCCGUUUUGGUUGCUGCCCUUCCCCACUUCACGUAGCACAUGCAGUCUUAAAGCUCAGGUCGUUAAGUACAGUAAUCAAGAAGAGCGUACACAAUGAUGUGAAAGAUAAGUCGUCUCAUGAUCUAACACUACAUACAGUACGUCUAAACGAAUGCAAAAAACGAGGAAAGAAACUUUAGAGUUUUCUUUUUGCUUGUACUCGCUCAGUCGGUACUAGUAUGGAUGUACCAGUAAAUUCCGCUUGUUCU